AUGGACAAGCUCACUUCUAAUCGCCUUGAUCUACAAAUCAUUCCAAUUGUAGGGAUGGGCGGCUCAGGUAAGACCACUCUUGCUCGAAACAUUUACCAAGAGCGUCUUAUUAGGGAGCAUUUCGAUGUUUGUGGUUGGGCUACCAUCUCUCAAGAAUAUUGCAUUCCAGAAAUUCUCGCACAAGUUCUUAGUCAACUCAAUGAACAAGUUGGUCAACAUUUAAGUGAGGGUGCGUUAGGAGAAAUGUUGCAUAAACAUCUGGAUAGAGUUAGGAAUUAUUUUCCAGAUAACAAAAAUGGUAGCAGAAUAGUGGUGACAACUAGACUAUCAAAUUUGGCUUCUAAAUUACCCAACUCUGACAGCCUUAACAUGAAACUUUUGGAUGAGGCUGAUAGUUGGGAGCUACUCUCCAAAACAGUGUUUGGGGAACAAGGUUGGCUGCUUGAAUUGGAGGAAGUUGGGAAGAGAAUAGGAAAAAGUUGUAAAAGACUUCCAUUGUCAAUUAUUGUGGUUGGAGGACUCUUGGCCAAGUCCAAGCAUACAAGAGAAUUUUGGGAAUCCACAAAAGAAAACUUAAAUUCAAUAGUGAAUUUAGAGGAUGAUGAGCGUUGCUUAAAACUAUUACACAUGAGCUAUAAGCAAUUGCCAGUUCAUCUUAAACCAUGUUUUCUCUACAUGGGAGUUUUCGCUGAAGAUGAGGUGAUACAUAUCUCAAAGCUCAUUAAAUUAUGGGUUGCCGAGGGAUUUCUAAAAGCAGUAAGUGGAAAAAGCUUGGAAGAGAUAGCAAAAGAGUAUUUAAAAGACCUUAUUGGUAGAAAUCUCAUUCUAAUUCAUGAGUUGGGUAGUAUUAAUGGAAGCAUAAAAAAGUGCAAAAUUCAUGACUUGUUGAGAGACUUGUGCUUGAGAGAAGCUCAAAAAGAAAGGUUUUAUGCACUUACUCCUCAAGGGAUGCAGGGAAAUGCUGCCCAACGCCGCAUUGUUAUAUCUAGUACCUUAUCAAAGAAUGAAGCCAUAAACGCCUUGUCGUCUAUGCCAGUGCUAGCUCGUUCUUUGAUUUGGAAUCUUGAUGAAGAUCAAGUACUACCGCCUCUCAUGUCGAGGGUGCUAAGGAUAUUGUACUCAACUCAAGUCCGAUUCCUUGGAGACAUAGAAUUCAUAGUUAACAUGCAGAAAUUGGUUAACUCACGCUUCCUUACUUUCUCAGCUUAUGUACGAUGGUAUCAGCUCCCUCGUUCAAUCUGGCGGUUUUGGAAUCUACAAACCUUAAUAGUCGAAAGGUUAGACGGGUUCACUGCGCCGACUGAUAUCUGGUACAUGCCUCACAUUAGGCAUAUUCAGUUCAAACUGCUGAAUCUCCCAGAUCCUCCUAAUAGCCAAGAUGGCAUUGUUUUGGGAAAUCUGCAAACGCUAAGGACAGUGAAGAAUUUCAAGUGCAGCAAACAAGUGGCUAAGAGAAUUCCCAACAUCAGAAAAUUGAAAAUAUAUUACGAGACAGUUGAUGACAGUUAUUGUCUCAGCAAUCUUGAUUCUCUAGAUAAACUAGAGUCCUUCACCUGCGGUUUCUUUCAAGGGAUCAAUCCAAGUAGGCCUGAUUCUGUACAAAGCCUAUUUAACUUUCCGCAUUCUCUUAAGAAGUUGACUCUGGAAGACCAUGAAUCCGAGUAUUAUUGGGAAGACAUAUUGGAUAAGAUAGGCGCGUUGCCUCUUCUUCAGAAGCUCAAACUGUACGGGGGGAGGUUCAAAGAAGGCAAGUGGGAAACAAGUGAAGGCCAAUUCCGCAGUCUCAAAUUCUUGUCUGUUUGCUACAUGAAGGGUCUACAAGUCUGGAUAUCAGAAAGCUCUCACUUUCCAUGCCUUCACCACCUUUAUCUUUAUUAUUUGGAUAACCUCAAGGAGAUCCCUAUAGAUUUUGCACAAGUAUCCACACUUGGAGUAAUUGAUGUGCAAUGGUGCAGCGACUCUGCUGUGGUUUCUGCUAAAAGAAUAUUAGAGGAACAAGAGGAAUUAUAUGGGGAAGAGGCAGCCCUACAAGUUAGAGUUAGUUAG